GGACGUGCUAUCAUCAACCACUGCAAGAGCAGAUAACGCCUUAGGGCUAUACAUUCCAAGAUCAAGUGCCACUUGCAUAUUCUUCAGUUGAUCAUCGGAAAAACAUUCUGACCACUUGUUGUAAUAACGGGAAAAAGUGAUGCGGGAUGAGGAUAUUCAAUAACAUGUUUGGAGUUUUUCUGGUGCUCACGACGAUCAUGUAUUGCAGUACGCACGCCACUGAUUAUCAUAUAGACGACUCUGAUGGCUACGGGCGAACUUUUGAUGGUAUUGGAGGAAUCAGUGGCGGUGGCGCCACCUCGCGACUGCUUGUGAACUAUCCACAACAACAACUAGGAGAGAUCCUGGAUUAUCUGUUUAAACCUGAUUAUGGAGCUUCCUUGCAGAUCUUGAAAGUAGAAAUUGGCGGUGAUUCGGAGUCUUCGGAUGGCACAGAGGCUUCUCAUAUGCACAACAGCUGGGAUGAAAACUAUAAUCGUGGAUACGAGUGGUGGCUAAUGGUGGAAGCCAAGAAGCGAAACCCGAACAUCUUACUCUACGGCCUUCCAUGGUCUUUUCCAGGGUGGGUGGGGCAGGGGACAGAUAGUCCGUACACGAACGUAACUAUCACGGCAGACUACAUAGUACGGUGGAUCAAAGGGGCCAAAACACACUACAACCUUACCAUCGACUACAUAGGCAUUUGGAAUGAAAAGGAUUACAACGUUGAUUAUAUAAAAACAUUAAGAAAAAUGCUGGACAUUAAUGGAUUUAACCAGAUACGCAUCGUGGCUUCGGAUAACAAAUGGGCCAUAGCAGAUGACAUUGUAAAGCAUCCUGAUUUGUCCGAUGUAGUUGAUGUCAUUGGUGUCCACUAUCCCGGUACAGUGUCUACUAGUGCGGCUGUACAGACAGGGAAACAGCUUUGGGCUUCGGAAGACUACAGCACCUUCAACGACAACACUGGUGCAGGCUGCUGGGCUCGAAUUCUGAAUCAGAACUAUGUGAAUGGCCAGAUGACAGCAACCAUAGCCUGGAACUUAAUUACCGCUUAUUAUGAUGGAUUAUCCUACAAACGGAACGGCCUCAUGACGGCGAUGCAACCUUGGAGUGGGCACUACCUAGUUGCGUCUCCCAUUUGGGCAACUGCCCAUACUACUCAGUUUACUCAACCCGGCUGGAAAUACCUCAAGCACGGUUUAGGUGUGGGAAAACUUGACAAAGGUGGAAGUUUUGUUGCCAUGAGCAACAAAGGGAUGGAACUCACUGUAGUCAUAGAGACAUUGUCACAUGAUCACUCCAUUUGUAUCCGUCCAUUCUUGCCAAAAUACUCGGUGAAGAAUCAGAACGCAACUUUUGUUUUGAAAGGAAGUUUUUCUAAGGUAACUUCUUUAGCUAUGUGGUACACUAAAUUGGGAUUCAAUGGUACUCCAAGUGUGUUUUUCAAGCAGAUGAGCCCGGUUUCCGUGAUUAAUGGGACGGUUACGUUAGAACUUGGCAUCGAUGAGGUGUUUACAUUGACAACGCUGAAAGUAGGCGGACAUGGAAAUGCUCCCACGCCACCGCCUUACCAACCAUUCCCACUGCCGUAUGAUGAGAAUUUCGAAGGCUAUCCAGAAAAUGGCGAACCAAAUAACUUUGCUCAGCAAGUGGGGAGUUUUGAGGUGGUGAAAUCCAGCGAUGCCAACCGAAGUAAAGUUCUCCGUCAAGUUGUUCUGGAAGAUCCCAUAGAUUGGUGCCCGCACAUCAACUUGGCAUUUCCCCUAAAUGUUAUAGGUAGUGUGGAGUGGAGAGAUGUCCACGUGGAGGUUGAGGCAAGGACAGGUGAAGUGAAUGGAUCGGAGAGUGUGUUUGUGGCCAACCGAGUUGAUCAGGGAGGCUGUCAGACCUUUGGAGCUCAGGGUUAUUUCUUUUUUGUAUUUCCAGAAGUUCAGAAAUACGAAUUAACCAAUGAUUUGUCUAGAACCAGGCUGCUGAAAUCCGGCAGCGUGAGUGUGAAUGCAGAUUGGAACAAACUGGGUUUAAGCACGACCGUAGAGGGUCAGGUAACGGGAUUCCUUAACGGUAAUCUCGUAUUCAACGUGAGUACAAGCAACAAACCAAAGGCAGGAUUUUCAGCUAUUGGAGCUGGAUCCUUUGGAAUUUCUGACUUUGACAAUUUUAAAAUCUCAAGGACUUCACAACAUGUUGAGGGAAAAGGAAUACGUCGGGAUGAUACACUAUAUUUCAAGUCUUUUAAAGGCCCUGCUGGAUAAGGAACAGCAGGCUUUUUGGCUGCCAGUGAAAUGUUUUUAUUUUUUUAUUAUUACUAUUAUUAUUUUCUUUUUGUUUUUUGAUAUACGAAUUUCCACAAUUAAAUUUUUUUUUGAUAAACUAAUUUUCAUGACUUCUGGACGGUUCUAAAAGGGUCUGGAACACGUAGACCGUGAUUUGACUGUUACCAAUCCUUUUAUAUGAACAUUAACUAUUGACAAAAUGUUCAAGGCUCACAACAUAAUGUUCAUGUAACUGACGUGGUAUCUCUUGCUCCUUCUUGGAUUUGCUCUAUUUUGUCUCAGGUAGCUGUUGUCUGUACUGACCUCGUUUGUUGUAUUUUUGUAUGAAGUUCGCGGUACUUUUCUCAAACAUAGUUCGUUACUGAUUGGUCUUCAUGAGUCGCUUGCUUUUUAAUACGUGUUGAGGAAUGAAUGUGUGAAUGCUUGUCCCAUGUCCUCGAACAGUGAUCUUUUGCUUUCUAGCAAUUGUUCAGGAAAUGUGCGUAUUACCCGGAUAUUAAUGCGUUCUAACACAUUUUGAUGAACGAUUGUUCCUCUCAGCUUAGUCAUCGAGCAACCUGUAUGCUUUCUAACACGUGUCAAUGAACGAUUGUUCCUGUCAGUCUGGUCAUCGAGCAUCCAGUAUGCUUUCUAACACGUGUUGAUGAACGGUUGUUCCUCUGAGCCUAGUCAUCGAGCAUCCUUUAUGCAUUCUAACACGUGUUAAUGAACGAUUGUUCCUUUCAGCCUCACCCUAGCCCUUGUACAUUCUUUGCUUUCCAGUAUAUCUUAAUGAACGAAAAUACUCCUCACCCUCGUCCUGGUGCUUUUCUGGAUUUCUAACUCGUGUUAAUGCGUAAUUGUGUAUUUCAGCGUGUCCAUGUCGGUAAUAGAAUCGUGUAGUGAUGGCGUAAAUGUUGUGGGUGGUGUCUUAACAAGUACCGUAUGUAUUGAGCUGAUGGGUUGCAUACACGUGAACUCAGUAGCACGAGGGAGACGUCUCAUUGUAGAUGCCCUACUAAUGUGUUAAUUAUCGAAAGGUACAAAUUUCCUGACUUUUCCUGACGUCUCUUUUCAGUGUUAGAAUCCUUAUUAAAGUAAAUGUUAAAGUACUUUAUGUACUGAGUGGAAGUUUUGUGUACGUGUAUCUCCCACUGGCCAGGUCUGCUACCAAAUCCAAGUGUUCAUGUGCAUCCAAUCCAAUCCAGUCCAAUCAUAUUUGGUGAUAAACAAAUAUGCGUCAAUAAUUGGUUCUCACCUAUGCUUUGCUUUCUAAGUUGUUUUGAUGAAGGUUUUCGUGUUUCAAUGUCUAGUCAUUUUGCGUCAUGUGAGUUCUGAAACAUUUUCAUGAAGGAGCUUGAAAUUAAGCUGGAAGUCUCCAACAUCGGUCAUCUAUUUUCUUUUCACACACUAAACUUAAUUGGGACAGAUUCCACUGUGUAACCAUUUAUUUAGUCAGUUUGUGUUCAUAUAAUUUUAUAUCUUAAUGCAUGAUUCUAAUGUAUACAUAUAUAUUUAUAACUAUUAUGUCUUUCUUAAGCACCAUUCCAGUAUUUCCUCUCUGAUUGCUAUACAAAGAUAUGAUGAAAGAUUUAUCAGUAACAAAAUUUAAAGUAAAACAUGAUGUACUUUACGAUAAUGUUGGAUUAUUUGGUUAUGUGUACUUUGGUUAGUUGGUUGGUUGAUUGUUUUUUAUUCAUCGCUGAACGUUGACCAAAAGUUAUCGUCGUAGUACUGUAUUCGUCCCUCCGUUAUCAAAAUGCUCCACUCUUAAACGAAUUUCUGUGGACAGUAGUUCAUCUGAUCAUGCAUGAAAUUCGACACGUUAGAAAAAUCGGAAACACGAUGCCUCGUCAUUCUUACCGUGCCCGGUUCGCGUGACGUCGACAGAAACAGCAGCGUUCUUGUGUCAUCGCCUGAUUGGUAAAAAAUUGCAUGAUAACAUGGCGGCGCUUUCGAUUUUUUCAAUAUGCGCUUUUUACCUCAUUUUGAACGGCGCUAUCUCGCUUAUGAGGCAUCAGAAACAUAAAAAAAUAUACUUUUUCAACUUUAUU